AUGAGCCGCCAAAUCGAACAAGCGCUAUGGUCGCUGAUGCCGACCUUUGCUUCAGAUCUCCCACCGUCGCUGAUCGAGCUGACCGGAUCCCUGGUCGCACAAUCUCGCCUCAAGGCCAGCACCCUCAAAGCUGAAGAAGAGGUCGCCCGUCUCUACGCGUGCGCCAACAUUGCCUGCGAUCGGCUCAAAAUCACCCUCGACCUUCCGCCGAUCCAGCCACGGCCACCCAUCGCGCCAAAGCACUACAAGAAGCUGCAUGCCCAUCUCGACAAUGUCCUGCCGCAGUCCAGCACACCCGCGCGAUCCCGUGCCGGGCGAAUACGCACGCCUAGCAAAGCAUCCAUGGGAUACGGAGUCAUCGAGGUGAAAGAUUCGCCGUCAAGAGGGACGCCGAGCAAAGAACAGAUUCUGGCACAGUGGCGGACCGGCGAUGCAGCCACACCAACGAAGCGAGGCCAGCACUCGCUGCUCAGGCCUUGGGUCAGGCCAGUCGUGAAGCGCAUGUGCGCGGAGCUGCAACAGGAGAAGAUGGCGCAGACAGUCUUCGCGGGUAUGGAGACCAUCACCUGCCCAGCGGGACGGCCGACCAAGGACGAGUGGGUGACCGACAACUACGCUGCUCUGUUCGCAGCCGUGUUCUACUGGAGCUUGAUACGAUUCCGGGCGCUGACGGAAGGCACCGUCAUCCCCCGCGAACCGGCCUACGAGCAGAGAAGACAGAUCCUCUCGCUCAUGUCCCAGGCGAGGAAGACCGUGGUGCUCCCCGGCGCAGACGACGACGUAUCCUGGAAAGACUGGUCGGACCUCAAGCCUCGAGACUUCAACCAUGCCGUAGCGACGGUCAAGGAGCGCGCCUGGCUGGGGAGCAGUUGGUACAAGGACAUUGAUGACGUUGUCAAGUUUCAGAACUGGGACGAGGGCGACGACCGCGUCGAUGAGGAUGCUGACCUGUCGGGUCCCAUCCGAGCGCGGCUCGUGGACACCAUGUUGCAGGACAAGACGGACUACCUCAGCGAGACGCGCAAGGUGAACUACGAGGCGUGGAAGGCCGAUGUAUUGCUUCGAAUGGCUCAGCGCAAAGAGGACGCGAUGGACAUAGAUACCCAAUGA